UCAACAUCCACCCAGUCUCCUAGAUCAAUUAUCUCCCCGCUCAUCCCAGGUCCGUAAACGUAAAGACGAGCGCUUCUACGCCUGUCUUCGAACCUUGGGUUCAGCUCCACGAAUCCACCAACCGACUACCAUGGCACCCAAAGCCGUCAAACCUCGUUCCUCACCGGCCGAACCCAGCUACGCCCGCAGCGUUGUACAAGGCCUGGCAAGUUCAGAGAACCGAUCUGUCGUGACUGCCAUUGGAAUGUUUGCUGUUGGCGUCGCAUUUCUACAUAGCAGCUGGAGCGAGAUUCUACUUCCUGCGUAAUCGAAACAGAGAAACAUGUGCGAAAGUGGCGUACUACACUAUGGGAGAAGAUUACCGUUGUCUUUCAUGUGGCGAAGGAAGGACACGGCGCCCGUAUUGGAAUAUAGCUGCUUGUACGAGAUGGGUGGGAACAAGUCAUGCGUAUAUACACGGUGAAAGAGGCAUGAGAUUCGGCGUUCCGGAAGGCGGCUCCAGGACUGCACGGGAUUCGGGGCUAUUGCCACAGGACUGUAAAAAUAAGUGUAUAUCAGCUACUCCAACUUUCCAAACUCAAAUUUUAAAAGCGAAGCCAGGCCUUCAAAGGCUUAUAGUGGGGCGCUGUCAACCCAUCACGAGUUCCGCC